CCCAAAUUUAGACUGGCAUAAUCAACAACUGAUAAAGGCUACGUUGUAUUACCAAUUUUCGUCAUUAGCAUUGUGUAAGAGGUAGGAUUAUAGAAGCUUUCCCCCCUUCUCUGAAACAAAAGCCGUAGGCUACACCCCCACUUCCAAAUUAGUUUCACAAUGGGAGCUUAGCCUACCAACCACUCAGACAAAAAAGUCGUGACUCCCCUAGUUGUGGGAGUCUGCACAAAUACAUUAAAAAAACUGUUUAUGACCCACAGCCGAUUUGUUUCCAUGUUGUUAUUAUUAUUUUCUUCGGUCAGACACAAAACGCAUUGUGGCUGUCUGAAGGGCUCCGACAAGGCGCUGGGGCAGCCGGUGAACACAAAAGCCCGGCUACUGACACAAAGCCAGGAAGGAGAGGGAAGUGGUCCGAAAAUCUGCCUGACGUGACGUCACGACGUUUCCUCAAUGCCAGCGGUAACGGCUGUGGUAGCAGCAGGCAGGCCAGCAGUGACGGAGGCAAGCCGAGCCGCCGUCUCCCUCUUCUACCCAUCUUCCUCGUCGUCGUGAGAUAUAUUUACCCAGGGUCAAAGUCGAUUUUCGCCGGACGGGCACUGCCAGCAACGCGUAGCAGCAAUGGCAACAUCGCUGUCCUUCUCAUCGUUCUGCCCGUGACGGCGGGGGCUUUCCCCAGAAUUUCUCCUGCUACCUCCCAUCCUAGCUGGUGGCGGUGGUGGGAGAGAGGGGGCAGGCGAUCACAAGGAUUCCGAAGGGAGACACCCAGCGAAUCCCCCCUAGCCCGUUUUCCCCGACAGGCUGAGUCACCUCUGUAGUGUGACUGUGGGGGAGAGAGAGAAAGCGUGAGAGAGAGGGAGAGAGAGAGAAGGAAGGAAGGAGGGAGGGGAACGGAACGAAGGAAGGUUCAGUGCUAAGUGAAAGCAGCAAGUGUACAGGGAGCGGGAAGAAGUGAAAGACUGGCACAGAAAGAAGGAGAGAAAGAGAAAGAGAGGGAGAGAGAGAGAAAGACCGAAAGACCAGCCACAACUGCUGCAGGUAGCAAGUGGAGCAGCUAAAUUAAACAGGCCAGUAUACAUACACAGACACACAGACAGACAGAUAGUGUAUCACAGACAGGCACACAGACCGCCAGGCGCUCACACACACGCACUAGGCAGGUAAAUAGGUAGGCUACUACACAAGAGUUAGAACGCUUGCUAGUGCGCGUGUUUUUUGUGCAAAGAAAAUCAACAAAGGAGAGAAGGAGGGAGAAGAAAGAAGGAGAAUAGAGAGAUACAGAGAAGGUGAAAGACGGGCGAGUAAGAGGUAGGAAGUUGGUGUGUGUGUCUGUGUGUGUGUGUAAUUAGGAGGAAUAGAAAGACAGGAUAAAAGGAUAGAGAGAGGGGGGGAAUUGGGUAGGAGACAGACGAGUGUGUUUGUGUGUGUGUGUGUGUGUGAAAGAGAGAACCGAGGAAAAGAAGGAAGAGGAAAGGAGAGAGGAGGCUGGUAGCCGGCGGGGGGGAUCAGCGGGGUUCAGAGGCCUGCGGCCAGCCCAGCCCAGCCCAGCGCGGCCCAGUGCGGCCAGCCGCCAUGGACCCCAACGUUGUGGUGAAGGAGGGAUGGGUGCAGAAGAGAGGAGAAUACAUUAAGAACUGGCGACCGCGCUACUUCCUGCUCAAGACGGACGGCUCCUUCAUUGGCUACAAGGAGAAGCCGCAGGACAUGGACCUGGCCUACCCGCUCAACAACUUCUCUGUGGCCAAGUGUCAGCUGAUGAAGACGGAGCGGCCGAAGCCCAACACCUUCAUCAUCCGCUGCCUGCAGUGGACCACCGUCAUCGAGAGGACCUUCCACGUAGACACGCCCGACGAGAGGGACGAGUGGGCGGAGGCGAUCCAGAUGGUGGCGGACAAGCUGGCGAAGCAGGAGGAGGAGGGCAUCCUGUGCAGCCCCACCCUGCAGAUGGAGAACGCCAACGAGGAGGAGAUGGACACCUCCAUCAGCCACCACAAACGGAAGACAAUGAACGACUUUGACUAUCUAAAGUUGCUGGGCAAAGGCACGUUUGGGAAGGUGAUUCUGGUCCGGGAGAAGGCCAGCGGAACCUAUUAUGCAAUGAAGAUACUGAAGAAGGAGGUCAUUAUAGCCAAGGAUGAGGUUGCCCACACACUUACAGAAAGCAGAGUAUUGAAAAACACCAGGCAUCCAUUUUUAACUUCCCUCAAGUGGUCUUUCCAGACCAAGGAUCGUCUCUGUUUUGUGAUGGAGUAUGUUAACGGCGGUGAGCUGUUUUUUCAUUUGUCGAGAGAACGGGUGUUCUCGGAGGACCGCACGCGCUUCUAUGGGGCGGAAAUCGUCUCCGCUCUGGACUACUUGCACUCCGCCAAGAUUGUUUACCGCGAUCUCAAGCUGGAAAACCUGAUGCUGGACAAAGACGGGCACAUCAAGAUCACAGACUUCGGCCUCUGCAAGGAGGGCAUCACUGACACCGCCACCAUGAAGACCUUCUGUGGAACACCAGAGUACCUGGCACCAGAGGUCCUGGAGGAUAAUGACUAUGGUCGCGCGGUGGACUGGUGGGGCCUGGGCGUGGUGAUGUACGAGAUGAUGUGCGGCCGGCUGCCCUUCUACAACCAGGACCACGAGAAGCUGUUUGAGCUGAUCCUCAUGGAGGAGAUCAAGUUCCCCAGGACCCUGUCCUCCGACGCCAAGUCGCUCCUGGGAGGACUGCUCAUCAAAGACCCCAACAAGAGGCUCGGCGGUGGCCCUGACGACGCCAAGGAGAUCAUGAGGCAUAGCUUCUUCAAUAACCUGGACUGGCAAGAGGUCUACGACAAAAAGUUGUCUCCGCCCUUCAUGCCUCAGGUGAGCUCGGAGACGGACACGCGCUAUUUCGACGAAGAGUUCACAGCACAGACCAUAACCAUCACCCCGCCGGAGAAGUUCGAUGAAGACGGCAUGGAUUCGGCUGACAAUGAGCGAAGACCACAUUUCCCACAGUUCUCCUACUCGGCCAGUGGGCGCGAGUGACGCCCCGCCCUCCUCUCUCCAGUCAGGCCCCACCCCCACCACUCCCACCUCUCCUCUCUCCUCCCUCCCUCCCUCCCUCCUCCUCCUCUACUAUUACUACUACUUAACUACUAUUACUAUGACUACAACACAGGAAACCACGUAGCCAUGCUAGGAAAAAGCUCUCUCCUCUUUUUCUCCCCUCAUUCCCCCCUUCCUUCCCUCCUUCCAUCCUUCCUUCCUUCGUUCGUUCUCUCUGCUUGCUUAUCAACCAGGGAUAUCUUUUCUUUUAUGUUUGUUUGUUUUGUUUGUUGGUGUCGAUUAUUUUUUUUCUUAUUUUUGUUGUCUUUUUUUUGUUUUGUUUCAUGUGUGUAUGUGUGUUUUAUUUCAUUUCUUUGUUUUUGUCGAUUUCUGUUACUGUUGGAUCAAAGUAGUGGGACAUAAAAAGGGGGUAUUUGCACAGUGGGCAGGGCUGAGACGAGGGAGGACGUCCACCCACAAAUAAAAAAAAAAAUAAAAGAAAAAGGAAAAAAAUAUGACAGACAUAGGAAUUUUCUUGUGAUAUUUUGUUUUUUUCUGAUUUUCUUUUUUUUUCCAGUAUUUGUUUACAACAAGUUUUUUUGUUGUUAUUUAAGAAAAAAAAAUAUCUAUCAGUAUUGAAAUUGAUGAUGAGGAUGAUGAGCUAAUUUUUGUUAAUUUUCUUUUUAGUUUGUUUUUCCCUCGUUUUUAAAAGAGCCGUACUGGGGAACAAGACCAAAUAUGUUGCCUUAUGUGUGCAGAGCUGACGGACAGAUGGAUGAACAGACUGGUAGACAGACAGACAGGUAGACAGACUGGUGUGGGCUAGAUGCGAGGCGGCGCCCAUAUGAUACGAUAUGGGUUUGCUUUGUUGUCCAGCUUUAGUUUGCAAAUGGAUUUAGUCACUGUAAUUACGUAGUUUUUCUGUUUUGUUUGAAUUUUGUUUUUAUUUGUUUUGUCUGUUCCCUUCCCGUAGUAGUUUUUUCAAAGCAGGGUGUGGUGAUUGGUUCCAGAUUAUGGGACUCAGGCACUCGUACAAGCUUCCCCUGGUCGUCAUAGGAACAAUGUCUAUUCUCCAUGAAACAAAUAGGGGGCAAAAAAAAACACACAAGCGCGCACACACACACAUACAAAUGAGCCGGGCUCUAAAUUAACUUCUUUUCAUCACCAACCAAAAUGGCUAGUGGACGUAAAUAUUACUAGCCAAAUACACACUCACUAAUGGGUCAAAGUGGCUAGUAAGGUGAUCUAUUCUACCAGCCAAAUUGAAAUUUCACGAGCAUUUGGCUGGUUGGUUGGUGUUAAUUUAAAGCCCUGCAAAUGAGACAGAGGAAGAGCUAGUUUAACAAGAUACUGUCCUCUCAUUCCCAUACUCCCAUACAUGUUUUCGUGUUUAGUUCUGUGGAGGAUUACCGUAUAUACAGUAGUAGUAGAGCCUACAGCCAGAGAUUUUUUAUGAUACAGGAAUACACGCACACACAAACUAAUACACACACACACACACACACACACACACACACACACACACACACACACACAGUCAGACACGCAUGCAAUCACACGCACAAAUACAUGCAAAUAACAGGAGCACACACGCAAACACACUCGCGCACACACACACACACACACACACACACACACACACACACACACACACACACACACACACACACACACACACACACACACACACACACACACACACACACACACAAACCAGAACAGAACCGGACUGCCAGACACUGUAUCACGCACUCUCAGGCCAACCACACCUCAAACACUGCUAACGGACAGAGCGAUCUCACUGCUCUACUACAGGUAAAAGGUCUCUCUCUCUCGCUCUCUCUCUCUCUCUCUCUCUCUCUCUCUCUCUCUCUCUCUCUCUCUCUCUCUCUCUCUCUCUCUCUCUCUCGCUCUCUCUCUCUUUCGCAAGCUCUCUCUUCUCUCUCUCUCGUGCUCUCUCUCUCUCUCUUUCGCACGCUCUCUCCCUUUCUCUCUCUCUUGCACGCUCUCUCUCUCUCUCUCGCACGCUCUCUCCUUUUCUCUCUCUCUCGCACGCUCUCUCCCUCUCUCUCUCUCUCUCUCUCUCUCUCUCUCUCUCUCUCUCUCUCCGCAACAGGGAGACCAACUCAGUGUCACUACUGCUACAUAUUUGCUUACACUAAUAGAUACAGAAUAGAUAGUCUAGCCUUUGAAAUAUGGACAUGCUACAAGACGGGAGAGAAAUUAUCAAAAAAAGUCUAUUAUAGGGGGAAGGGGGUGUCUUGCUACAUCUUUCUGUUUGUUUGUUUGGUUUGCAAGGGGGGUGCAUGGGAUAUACCAUUGUUUUUUUGUUUGUUUUUUUCUGUGUAGUGUUGCUUUCUGUUACUGACUGCAAAAUACACACCCGAGAUACUGUAACAGGGUGCAGCAGAGUGGUUGGGUCGUUUGGGUUAAGGUGGUUGGGUCGUUUGGGUUAAGGUGGUUUGGUCGUUUGGGUUAAGGUGGUUGGGUCGUUUGGGUUAAGGUGGUUAAGGUGGGUUAUAGUUAUUAUGGCACAGGUAGACACGCGUUGUAGGUAGUCAUCAGUGAUGGUCAACCUAGACUCAUUAGUUUACAAUACAGUGUCGCAUAUUCCCCAAUGGCCUGGUUUUUAAGCUGUCUAAUUCAAACAUUUGAUAUGGUAUAACCAGGUCAUUUGCUAUACAGACACAUCCUUUUCUGCUAAUAGAUGCUCUAAAUUACAAUAUUUUCAUUCAAAACUCGGAGGAAAUGUUGCCAUUAGUUUAUCGAAUGAAACAACAAUGUUUGUUUUACUCAAACACAUGCGUAUCCAUAGUAAAAUCUGAAAAAAAAAAAAAAAAAAAAAAACGGAACAUUUCGAAGUUGUUACAGGCAGCUGUUUGUGGCACUGGGUUGUUAACUAAUGCAUAGCAUACGGGUUGCCCGUCCCUGGUAGCAAAUGGCCCCAGGGUAAGGAAGAGAAUGGUGACGUUCAGUAUGAGUUUGUAUGUGUAUGUGUGGAAAUGUGUGUGUGUGUGUGUGUGCUUGAUGGUGUAUGUACAGUAGUAUGAGAGCACUGUGUAAGUAGGAGUAAGUCCAGGCAACCCCCACAGGCACUGGUGGGUUUUUUGUUUGUUGUUGGUGCAUCUUGGGAACCAGCGUGUGCUUGUUAAAUAUGUAUGUGUCUGUAUGUAUGUAUGGAAGAGUGUUUUGCGUAAGAUGGUUCUUUCCAGCUAUUCCUCACAUGCACUGAGCCACGCAGUUGUAGUUGCAGUUGCAGAGUGGGCACUGUGGGGGGCGAUAUAGAGGGUGGGGGUUGGGUACAGCUGUGUGAUGAUGAUAAGAUAUGAACACUAGAUCCUGCGUUGACCACUCCCUCGUAUUGGAGCAAACAGCUAUAGAGCGCGUUUUAAUAUGCGACCUUGCCUCCUCCACUUGCACUUGUCUCCUCGUCCCGCCUCCUGGCCCCUCCUCCGUGGAGAAAACGAUUAAGUUUCCCAGCUGUCAGCCUAGCCACAACAACUUUCAUUCAACAUUCAACAUCCCAAUUGCAAAUGAGAAAAAGGCUCUACAAUUGAGCUUUUGCAAGAUAUUGAAAUAUAAUGCUGUUGUCAGUGAUGUCAUCAUGACAAGAAGCAAGUGGAGGAGGCAAGGUCGCAUAUUGCAACGCACUCUGAGUCAGAUCACCACCAUCUUUAAACAACAACAUAUUGCUGCCAUCAAUGGGUGACCAUGUGAGACGUGCGGUAUCCUGUAGGUGGCGCUCACAUCUGUGAGAAAUAUCAUUAUACUGGCCCAAGAUGGCGGCGCCCGGGGGUUGGGACACGUCAAAAUGCACACGGCAUCUAGUGUUUAUAUCGAUGUGUGAUGAGUACAGGGGAGAUUUUUUUGGCGGUGUGGGUUUGGCAUUCCAAGGGAACAUUGCAUUCCUUGUGAAUGUUCUCCAAACGUUUCCUGAACGUUUACGUUCGUCCUCUGCAUUGUCCAGAGUUUUUGUUUUGUUUUUUAAUUAUUAUUUUUGUUGAUGUACAUAUGCAAUGCCUUGUUUUUUUCCAUGUCUUGGUUAACUGAUCGGGGGUGCUUUUCUCGACAACAUCGUAGCUAACUAAGUUAGCAACUUACUUGGUUGCAGUGAAAUUUCCCAUUGGAAACCUAGUAAGUUGCUAACUAUUUAACAAUGAUGCUUUCAAGAAACAGGGUCCUGAUUUGAUCAGAAAACUUGUGGCUUCCUGUUUCAUUUUGGGUUUUUCCCCCAUAUUUUUUUGUGUAUUGUGCAAAUACUUGGCUGAUUACUGUACAAAAGACAGCGAAGGAGGAAAAAAAAACAAAAAUGAACGAAAAGGUGAAAAAAGAAAAAAAAACAUGCAAAGGAGAGAUAGGGGUGUUUAAGCUAGAACAAACAGAACAAAAAUGACAUUAUACUGCAUUACGUACAUUUUAAUUUCAUGUAUAAAGAUGAC